AUGGCCUCGGGUUACGACAAUGCGCCGCCCGCCGACCAUGGCCACGGCGACCACCCCCAUACACACGACUUCCCCGGCCAGGACCUGGGUCACCCGUCCGAUCCAAACUGGCAGAACGGCAACCACGGGACACCUGAAAGCGGCUACCGACUGAGGCCCACCGGUUCUGCGCCCUCUACCCCGAAUCCUCCUCCGACUGGAUGGGAUGAGGAGCAGCCCCUCCGCAAGAGUGCUGAGCGGAAUAGGUCGCGAGGGCGGAGCGGGAGAUCCGCCAGCGGCCAGCAGAGGGUUUGCAAUGCGUGUGGAGAGUCCUUGACGGGCCAGUUUGUUCGGGCCCUCGAUGGCACCUUUCAUCUCGACUGUUUUAAAUGCCAGGACUGUGGCCAAAUCGUAGCAUCCAAAUUCUUCCCGGCCGAAGACGAGAACGGUCAGGGGCAAUAUCCUCUGUGCGAGACGGACUACUUCCGGCGGCUCAAUCUGUUGUGCUACCAGUGCGGAGGGGCACUUCGAGGCUCUUACAUUACCGCCCUGGAGCGCAAGUACCACGUCGACCAUUUUACCUGCUCCUUAUGUUCAACCAUUUUUGGAGCCCAGGACAGCUACUACGAACAUGACGGAAAUGUCUACUGCCACUACCAUUAUUCCACCCAGUUCGCACAACGCUGCAACGGCUGCCAGACCGCCAUUCUGAAGCAGUUUGUCGAGAUAUUCAGGAACGGUCAGAACCAACAUUGGCACCCCGAAUGCUACAUGAUUCACAAAUUCUGGAAUGUCCGUUUGGCACAACCCACCGAUGUCCCGCCCGCGCUGUUAGGGUCGGAUGAUCCUGCCGGCAGGGACUUGAUUCGAACGGAGGAGGAGCGUAUGGAAGAGAAGGUGUUUAAGAUAUGGAGUGUCCUGUCAGCCUUCGAAGAGUCCUCGGCGGCCUGCAUUUCCGAUAUGCUUCUCCACGUUAGCAACGGUGCUUACGUUGACGGUGUCCUUGUUGCUAAGCGCUUCAUCUGGCACGUCGAGAUUCUAUUCCAGUCGGCGGAUCGGCUCGACGCCACCAUGAUCCGCCUGAAUGACAAAGCAAUGUCCUAUGGACGAGAAGCCAAGCUUCUCUGUAAGAAGAUUGUUUCCUUCUUCUCUUUGUUGUCAAAGACACAAGAUAACGGAACCCGCAAACUUGGUGUAACACAGGAACUACUUUCUCUCGUUACCGGCCUCGCACAUUACCUCAAACUGCUCAUUCGAAUAUGUCUCCAAGGAGCUCUGCGCCUGGAGCGCGAGACAACCGCCUCCGAAGGCCUGUACCAAUUCCUCGACGACCUGAGCGACCUCGACGUCUUGAAGAACGACGACGGCCAGUUGCAGGUGACUGCAGGCGGUGCGCGGCUCUCCGCCAAUGACUCGGAUCACUGUGCUCUGUGCAACAGAUCGGUGGAGGAUGAAUGUGCCAAGAACGGCGACCUGCGGUGGCAUCUGAAUUGUCUUAAGUGCUCGAGAUGUGCCCGAGAGCUCGGUCGAACACUGGACGAGGCUCGCUACAAUGCCUUUGACCGCAAAAUCUACUGCGCCGGUUGCAUUGGCAUCAACACAGAGCCGUCCAUGAUCUUCGAGCACGUGUCGAAGUUGCAACAAUACGUGUUCCUGCUCCGAGUCGCAUUGGCCCGACUCCUGGAUAUUCUAAGAAGUAAUGGCGCCUUGCCUCCCUCUGGAGAGGACCCCGGUGCCAACGGACACGGCGCAUCUGACGGCUCUGGUGGACCAAGUGACCCGAGGCAGCGUGGCGACUCUCAAUCAAGGGGUGUUGGGGGGGACAAGGAGAAUCAUCGCGAGUCGUCUUAUGAGAACACUCUGAAUGACGUACGCAGACUCCGAAGCACGCGUCUCGACAGGCACCUCUCAUCGAGUGUGCGACAAGCUCGAACAUCGCGCGUGAUGGAUGCUGACGGCCGCGGACCCCGACCGGGCUCGGCUGGUGACGGUGGCCAAGCUCACGGUCCUCAGGGAUCAACUGAUCUCAUGUUCGCACAAAACGACGCUAUUACUCUUGACGACAUUUCUAGGAUUGUCGCUGUCGAACAGUCGCGUGAACAGCAGUCGCGAGCUCCACCGGAUGGCCAACGGGGUGCCCUCGGCCCUGGACAGCUUGGGCAUCAACGGACACGGUCAACUGACCGGGAUCAAGAUCGCGGUGCUGAUGGCAUGCCGACUCACAUUGGUCGAAAAUUCUUCUCGGAGCUUUCUGGUCUCGAGUACUUCAACGUUCGCCAUCUAGCAGUUUUAACUAUGCAACCCAUGAUCGAGCAGGAGUUUUCUCUCGAUGAGCUGCUGAGCUUCAUUGAGUCGCGGAAGCAAGCCACUUUUUGGAAGAACUUGGGGAAAGCGUUCAAGAACGACAAGAGCAAGAAUGUCAAGAAGAAGGGCGUCUUUGGUGUCCCUCUGGAGAUCAUCAUCGAGCGAGAUGGCGCUGACUCGACCGAUGGUGUGGGGCCCGGUACGCUCCGUAUCCCCGCUGUUGUGGACGAUAUCGUGUCUUCAAUGAGGAAGAUGGAUCUCUCAGUUGAGGGCGUGUUCCGAAAGAACGGAAACAUCAAGAAGCAGCAGGGCCUGGUGGAAAAGAUCAACGCUGAAGGCUGCGAUGUGGUCAACUUUAUGGAACAACCUGUUGUCCAGCUAGCCGCUCUCCUGAAGCGGUACCUGCGGGAUCUACCAGAUCCUCUCAUGUCGCACAAACUGUACGGGCUGUGGGUCAGCGCAGCCAAGAUCGCUGAGCCCGAGAAGAGGAAACAAUGUCUACACUUGACUUGUUGUCUCUUGCCCAAGAGCCAUCGCGACAGUCUCGAGAUCUUGUUCAGCUUCCUCAAGUGGGCUGGCUCAUUCCAUCAACUCGACGACGAUGGCGGAUCAAAGAUGGACAUCAGAAACCUUGCAACUGUCAUCGCGCCCAACAUUCUCACCAAUGCCUCCAAGGCACCCGCUCUAGAUAGCGAGGCUAUCUAUGUUAUUGAUGCAGUAGAAAUGCUCAUCACGUAUAUCGAAGAGAUGUGCCAGGUCCCGGAUGAAAUCCUCGGCCUUCUCAAUGACCCAUAUAUCUUCAGCAACAGCGGUGAUCUCUCUACCAAGGAUAUCCUCAAGCGAUUCCAGGAUCGCCGAGGACAAAUCUCGAUUUCAGAUGUCAACGAGGUGUACAACCGCCAGGAUAACUCCACACGGCCACCAGCCAGGCGAGUUGAAACGGACCCGGCGGUCUGGCAGGGAGAGGCAACCGUGCGAACAAUCCAGGAACCACCCAUGGUCCAUACCCAGAAUGGCCCGGGAACUCCUCCCAAUAGAUGGAGGGGCCGGAAUGAUGGGCCCAACCCGUCCCCGUAUGGCGGCAGCCAGUUCAACCAGUCAGACAGUCAGCUCGAUAAUUCCGAGCAUAGCCAGCGACGGGAGUGGCGGAACUCCAAUUCUGGUUGGAGACAGCAAGGCAAUGGUGGACUAGGCGUGUCGGGUAACUCAUGA